AGGGACUUGGUGGGAAUGAGCUCCAAUUUCAAGACAUUCCCAUGGUGCAUGAUCCCAGUCCAACCACAGAUGAAAAUAAGGAUAUAGCCCAUUCUGCCUCGGAUCAGAUCACGAAUGCUGAGAAUGAGCAGAAAGAGAAGGAGCAAACACACACAUUUAAAAACUUCCCAACAUCAGGAGCAGAUGAUGAUGGUUCUGAUUAUGAAGGGGACAAGGCUGAGUUGCUGACAGGGGAGAAAAAGCAGCCAUCUUUCUGGGCAUUUGAAUACUACCAAGGUUUCUUCGAUGUGGAUACAUACCAGGUUCUUGGUCGGAUCGGGGGAUCCAUGCUUCCACAUCCAAAGAGGAACUUCCUAAGGUCAAAGAUUCGACCUAACCCAGACUUAUAUGGGCCAUUCUGGAUCUGUGCCACACUAACCUUCACUACAGCUAUAGCUGGCAACCUGGCUGGCUACAUACAAACAGCCUCAGCAGGCAAUGACUACAAGUGGACAUAUGACUUCCAUAAAGUUACAUUUGCUGCUACUGCCAUAUUUGCCUACUGGUGGGUGAUCCCUACGUUACUGUGGGCGCUGCUGCGUUGGAGGGGGAGUCAGGCUGGCUACACAUUCCUGGAGAUCAUCUGUGUCUAUGGCUAUUCUCUUGCAAUCUACAUUCCAAUCUCAAUUCUAUGGGUUAUCCAGGUCAACUGGCUCCAAUGGCUACUAGUCGUUCUUGGUAUGGUGCUCUCUGGCUCUGUGCUCAUCUUCACCUUUUGGCCUGCAGUACGGGAAGAUGACAAAAAGGUGGCCUAUUCUACUAUGGGUUUCAUACUUCUUUUCCAUGGCCUACUUGCAGUUGGAUUUGUUUUGUACUUCUUCCAUGUGCCAGCUGUGGCUCCAGUAGUAGGACCUACUGCUCCACUGGUGCCAGAACACAUUAAGAAACUCAAUGACACUCCAACUCAACAUUCUGAAGUGCCACAAUCUGCUAACAGAGUUAAUAACAUUGUUAAUAUUCCCAAUAAAAUGAAUGAUAUGGUGGCAAAGAAACCAGAGACAACUAAUCAGGUGAACAUUCAGAAUGUUGAUGCACAGGAAGUUACAGGUCAAAAGGCCCAACAGCAAACUAUACCUGCAAAAUCUGGGAGUGCUGUAAGUCAAGACAACAUCAAUAAGGGGACUACUAAUGAAAAACUAAAAACUGAUAAAAAUAAGCCUUUACCAAAGAAAGAAAGAUCUUUGAAAAAAGAAGCUGGGAGUAGCAUUGUGAAAAAGUCAAAUAUUGAAUCUCUGAAAACGUAACUGAGUGAAAUUAUUUUGAGUGUAACACUGUAAAUAUUUUCUUGAUUUGUAUGUAAUUCUUGCAUAGCCUUGCACAUACUGUAAAUAUGAGAACGCGUAUGGACGUACUCUUGUACAAAUUAAUGGGGAUAAUCAUAUAGGGGAUAAUCAUAAUAGGGGUAAAAUCAGUACAACUAUGGACUGUAAUUUACAGAUUACUUUUUCACAACAUACAUAAUUUAGUUGUCUUCUUUUGUUUCUUUGAUUAGUUUUUAAUAUUUCAUACUGUACUGAUGGGUUAUUUUAUUCAUUGUAUUAUAAAUAUUUGAUGAAAUAAAAUGUGCAAUAUGGACUGAGAGACUAAUUGAAUUC